CCCCAUAUCCAUGCUGUUUAACCGGUAAAUAUAAAACUAAGAAUGAAAAUCGAAUGAUUAUGAGAGCUUAAAUAGAAAAGUUAACCUGAUUCUAAAUUGUGAAUGUUAGUUCCUUACUAUAGCACUUAUCAUGUAAGAAGCCCCUUGUCAAUGCAUAUGUUAGUUUGUUUGCAGCACUGUAUAAUCCUUUCCUUUAUACACAGAUUACAGGCCUGAGACAGCCCUCAUAACCACAAGAUAUUCAAGUUUUGCUUGUGCUGGUGUUGUCCUGUCUUCAGCAAGAGUCUCAGUGUCAUCGCUUUGGAUAAACAGCAUCCCGUUUGAAUGGAGAAAUUACCGAUGUCGUUCGAAUAUCUCUUCUUCCCCUUCCUUAAAUCCCCUCUGUCCACGUGUACACCCAUGUGAGUGUGGGGGUUUUCACGAGUCUGAGGCCCCUUUCCCCUAUCCCGCCUGAUGGAUUCAACUCUUCUGCAGAUGGAGCACUUGGUGAUGCCUGACCUUAUUUACUGGGCUCUAAAGCAUUACCCAAAUCCGCCCAAAUCAAGACAUGCGCAGUGAAACUUUUACGCAGUACCUGUACCCCAUGCCGGAUAAGAGAUAAUUUUGUUUUCAAAGGAUUCCACACAUCUUUAAGUAUAUUAAAAAAGGCGAGAUUGGGACAACCCGAAUCUUGCCAAUAUGAAAACGCUGUUCGUUCAACCGGGGAUAUGAGCCUGCGCUUACGAAUAAUCUUGUCGUAGUAGAUUGUCGUCCAUCUAAACGUACUGAGCUUUGCUUUUUCACUAUGAACUGGGUUUGGACGUUGGGCCUUUUCCUGCUGCUGGCAGGAGGACAAUCCCAACUGUUGAUGCUUCCUGGGCUGAAAAUUGCGCAAAGCAGUGAAAGAAAAUGGGAAAAGUUGGUGAACCACAGCCAAGAGCAAGUGAAUGACACUGGAGAAAAUGUCGAUUUCAUUUCGCUGUUACGGCAAAUUGUGUACGCGCUCAAAUCUUCUUCGUUCCCCACCACUGUUGCCAAAAACAUCAGCCAACAGUGCCUAGAAGACAGCCAAUUCUACGUUCGCAACCUCUACGCCAACCGGACUCUUUGGGCCUUGCAAAUGCAAGAAUCUACGGGGGAUCUACCGCCGGGAUUAUUUGGAUCAUACAAUAUUCACGCGGAUGGGCUGUUUGACGAAUGUCUGGCCGUUCGGGCACCUGGAUUCAAUGGACAGUACUGCAGCGUUUUCUUUCAACCAGUGGCAGUCGAUCAGUCUGAAAUUCUUCCACCGUCAGAAUCCACCAGUAACGAAGAUCAGGAACGGAUUAACUUUAUCACCAUUUUUCAGCUUUUGGGAUUUUUGGGACCGGAUCGGGUCGAGCCGAAAGUAUCCACAGCAGAUGCUUACACUUACACCUUGCCCAGCAUCAGCUUCUGCCUUCCAUCAUCUUGCAGUGCCGACGACCUGGGCCAAGCGGUCGCCGAGCUCAUUGGCAGUUACGUCAUCGCAAAUUCUUCCAUCGUGACCGUGACAGACGAGCAAUACUGCUUCAAAGAAAGUUACGAUCCUCCUAACAUCGAUGGUCCUGGAAUUACCGUAAUAGUGGCGUUUAGUCUUGUCGGUCUGCUGGUUUUGUCGGCGACCGUUCACGAAGCCUGGCGAAUGUACCGCGGGACCGAUGCCAGCAAUCAGGAUGGAAAACUCUUGAGCGCAUUGCAUUGUUUCUCGGCCCUCAGCAACGGCCGUAAAAUCCUGUCGAUGAAAGUGCCGACCGCAGCAGCUUCUAGAGACAAUUUCGGUUGCAUUCACGGCCUCCGCUUCUUAUCAACUUGCUGGGUCGUCUUGGGACAUACAUGGAGCUACAUCAGUUAUAAAACGAUGAAUCCUAAAGCCGUUUUAAUGGACGCUUACGGCUGGGGUAUGCAAACGAUUGCCAACGCAUCCGUUUCCGUUGACACAUUUCUAUUGAUGAGCGGAUUACUUGCGUCGUACCUUUUGUUGCGUGAGCUGGACCGCAACAAAGGCAAAUUCAACGUCGGCCUUUAUUAUUUGCAUCGAUAUCUGAGACUGACGAUUGUGUACGCUUUCGUACUUGGAUUUAUUGCAACUUUAAUAGUCUACGUCGGUACCGGUCCAAAUUGGUACUCCGUGAAUCUUUAUUCAAACGCUUGUCGUAUCGCUUGGUGGAGACAAUUUCUCUACAUUAAUAAUCUGUUUCCUUUUGACCUUUAUUACUCGUGUAUGAACCCUACAUGGUACAUUGCGGUGGACAUGCAACUCUUUGUCGUCUCUCCUCUCUUCAUUUAUCCGCUUUGGCGAUGGAGGAAAUGGGGACUUGCCUGGCUGGCCGCUGUUGUACUCGCCUGUCACGCGUUCAUCUUUUACCUCUACGUCAGAGAUGACCUGCCCCCUAAUUAUGUGGCCACACGACCGGAUAGCAAUGAAUACGAAACAGCAUUUAACUACUUCAAUCACUACUAUUAUAAACCCUGGACAAGAGCACCACCUUAUCUGGUUGGCAUCUGGGCAGGCUGGUUCUUGCACAUCACUAAAAAUUCUCCCAGUCGGCUGUCGAAAAUUUCGGUGACCUUGGGAUGGAUAUUAUCUACAGCUGUCGCUCUGGCCAUCGUCUACGGUCUGUCGCCGUACGUCAAUCAGUCAACAGUGGCCGAGAUUAGUUUUGCUGUCAAAAUUUCCUACGGACCCUUGCACCGAACGGCCUGGGCUUGUGUCAUAGCCUGGAUCAUCUUUGCCUGCUCACGUGGCUAUGGAGGUAUCGUUAACCAUGUACUUUCAUGGAAGGGUUUCCUACCACUCUGCCGGUUGACUUACUGCGUCUUCCUCAUCCAUUAUGAUUAUUUGAACGUGUUCUACUCCGCCAUGCGGAAGCAGUACUACUACACCAUAUUCGGACAGAUUUCAAUUUACUUUGGCGUCCUUGUCGUCGUUUUUGGACUGGCAUUUGUGAUUUCCGUCACGUUAGAAGCAUCUUUCCUCAACUUGGAGAAACUUAUCUUCUCUUCAAAACCCAAAGAUAAUAAUCACUGGGAAGAAAAAUUGGCUGAAGCGAAAAGGAAAUGUUGAACAUGCCAUCGACGUAAGUAGUUUUCAGAAUUAUUUGGGGGAAUUAAUUGCGUAAAUGGUUGUUGGGUUUGGUUGACAAGGGAGAAAAAAAUUCAAAGAUCAACUUUCCAAUAGUAAAAAACAUGUUAAGUCCACAAACAUCUGUAUCAUCUUUUCUCAUAUUGAACUUUGUUAACAUUCUGAUAUCCGCCUACGAACGCAAUCAGUAGCAAUGGACACAGACUUUUU